CAAAGCGAACGCGGCCGCCGAACGGGAUUGAUUUCUGCCGUUAUUAAAAGAGAAAUUCGCCGUCGGGAAGGACUCGAGAAACUUUUCGAAGAUGCCAUUAUAAACGUCGAUUUUCGCCUCGUUAUUUGGCGCGUAUUUGGGCGCCUCAGAAGGGCGAAAAGGCGCCUUUUUCUCGAAGGGGGAGGAGGAACCCACGGCGGCAAGCAGACCGACGACAGUCUCAUAUAGCAGACGACACACAACCUCCCCAUCAUGGCUGCCUUCUGCUAUUGACGUCUCGGCGGCGGCGAUGAAAUUGGACAGUUUCCCACGCGAGUUAUGACACGACUUCCCUCUCGUCUUUCCUGGGGUUUCAUGAAGGUUUGGUGGUGGUAAGACAAACACCGACAUGACAGCUGUGAUGGCUGGAGGAGAUUCAGGUAGCCUGUCUCUGGGUGGCUUGCUGUCCUCCCUCGAAAAAGCCCGGGUACAGCUAGACAGUGACGAGGAUGAUUUUGGGUUCCUUGCAGACUUGCUCAAGUCAAGGGAGUUGCAAGCUCUUGUCCAUGUACAUAAUAAAAUCAGCCGCACCAAGAAAGUUUGCCAGCCACUGUUGUCAAAUGCAGAGGACAUUGGGAUCUCGAUCAUGCGAGAGAUCCACUAUCGCACCAUUCCAUCUGGCGAUGCUAUUGAACUCUUCGCAAUCUUACAGUCGCCACAUAUUCAGGGAGUUCUGCAAGCUCAUGACAGCAUUGCAGCAAAAGAUUUUGUUCCUCACUUGCCAGAAAUUCCCGUCGAGGUCGACGAAGAUGAAGAAACUGUAAAGAUCGUGCAGCUAGUCAAAAGUAAUGAGCCCAUGGAAGGAAAAGGCACUGAACCAAUUGUGGGAGCCACAAUCAAACAAGAUGACCGAACUGGUGCUAUUGUUAUUGCACGGAUAAUGCAUGGUGGAGCAGCCGACCGGUCUGGCCUCAUACAUGUUGGAGAUGAAGUUCAGGAAGUGAACAAUUUAAAUGUUGUUGGGAAAACACCAAAUGAUGUGCUUAAGAUUUUAAUGCAAGCCGAAGGUACCAUAACUUUCAAAUUACUUCCUGCUGGGUCAUCAGCGCACCUGCGAGAGAGCAAGGUCAGAGUUCGUGCCUAUUUUGAUUAUAACCCUAAGGAAGACAAGCAUAUCCCCUGUAAAGAAGCUGGACUACCUUUCAAAAAACAUGAUAUCCUUCAUAUUGUAACCCAAGAGGAUCCCUACUGGUGGCAAGCGAGAAGAGAAGGGGAUCGUAAUAUGCGAGCUGGUUUGAUUCCAUCCAGGCAGCUCCAAGAAAGAAGAAUCCUUGCUCAGCGUCAGGAACAGGCGGCGAAUGGGCAAAGAAUCCUUCCUAAGUCACCAAGUUGUAAACCAUCACCGAAAGUAAAAAAAAUAAUAUACGAUGCAUCUGAAAGUGAGGAUUUCGACCGGGAGGAGGUACCAACUUAUGAAGAAGUGGCACGUCUCUAUCCUCGACCAGGUCUUCCUCGUCCGGUUGUCCUUAUCGGUCCUCCAGGCGUUGGUAGGAACGAGCUGAAGCGAAGAGUAAUGGCCCUGGAUCCCAGUAAAUUCCGCACACCUAUUCCAAUGACUUCUCGGCCACCAAGACAUGGUGAAAUCAACAACAGAGACUAUCAGUUCGUUAGCAGAGACGAACUAGAGGAAGAGGCAGCUUCCGGAACGUUAGUGGAACACGGGGAAUUCAAGGGUCAUCUGUACGGCACUUCUUCUGUUAAUCUCAAAUCAAUGAUCAAUGCUGGAUAUGUAGUGUUGAUUACUCCUCAUUACCAGGCUCUCAAGUACCUGAGAACAGCAGAGUUCAAACCAUACGUGAUAUACGUCAAGCCUCCUACCCUAGCCGUGCUCAAGGAAACAAGACAGGCAGCGCAUGCGCGGUCAACAUUCGACGAAAAUAAUUCGAGAGGAUUUACGGAAGAAGAGUUCAAAGGCAUGCUGAAAGCAGCCGCAAGAAUUGAGUUCCACUACUCUCACUGGUUUGACGAAAUCAUAGUCAAUGACGAAUUGUCUUCUGCCUUUGAGCGUCUGGUCUCUGCCGUAAACAAAGUGGAAACGGAACCGCUGUGGGUGCCAGCGUCCUGGGUGCAAUAAUGGAGUGUAAUCCGAUGCUCAUAUCUAAUCAUUUCUUCUCAGUUCAGCAAUAAGAUCUUUUCUUUAUGCACUACUACGGUUAACAGAGAAUAGUACAGUUUUUGCUGCGCUCGAUAAGGAAACUUCGUCGCCGCAGUCAACGGAAAACUUGACCGUGAAAUAGGACACGCCAUUGUUAUUCAAGUCAUGUCGUGAUAGAUGAUGCAACCAGCGCCAACACAGAUCCUUAUUUUUGUUUUGUGCCUUUCUUUUUUUAAUAAAAGAAAAAAAGAUUCGUAGAAGAACAGAAGAUUGAUUCCUUCUGAUUGUUGUUGUAGAACUCGCCUAGUCAUCAAGAUUCUCAUAGGAGAUUUUGCAGUUGAAAAGGGGUUUUAUAUGAAAGGAAUAACUGGAAUCACUCGGUAGGUUGUGGUUACUUUAGCCUCUGUGUUCAUCUGAAGUCUUAUAAAAAAGCCAGGUACGUACUUUCUUUCAUUUUAGAAUUACUCUCAAUUCUGGCAAAGUAAAGUUAUCUCGUUUAUAUAUUGAUGAUUGAAUAAAAUGUUUAGCUUACAGUUUACAAUUUUAGGGACAAUUUUGAUUACAUAUACCAAUUAACUCUAAUAUUGAUAGCUUAGACGAAGUAAUGGCCCAUUGAACAUUUUUUUUUGUAUGACAAAGUAAUGGCCCAUUGAAAAAUUUUUAUAUAACAAUGUGCAGAAUAAUAACUAUGAAAUUUUUAAUGAAUAAUUUUAUUCAGUGAUAUUGCAAAAUGACGGUAAGACUUGUAGCAUAUAAAGUUUAAAAAAAUAGUUUUCAACUAAUUAUACAAGUUACUUUGCAGAAAGGGUAAUUCACACAAUACUUUAAUAACUUCCACAACUAAAUCUACUGUAUUUUUAGGAGUAUAAAUUUAUUACUAGUUAAAUCAUUAGUCUACUGACUGAUUCCAGUUUGUCAAAGUUAGGAUAUCAUUCCAUUAACUGACCCUCCAGUGCUGUACAGGACCUUGUAAGAAAUUAAAGAGUGAUUAUCAAAAGUUGUAAAAAGAUAAACAUUGAUACAAGUGAGAGAACGAGCAAGUGGCAUUCCACAGUAGUUUAAGAUAAAAACGAAAGAGUCCCACCUGUAUUACAGAGAAAACGUAAACCGACGAGUCGAAAUUGUAGGUUGUAAGAUGUGAAUCAAAUAUUUUGGAGCUUGAUGAGUAUAUCACUGUAUGUCUUCAUCCUGUAAUAAAAUACUGUAUAGAGAUUAUAAAUGUAAUUAUUGCAUGUUACUGGCUCUAUUUCUUAAAAGCCAUUCAAAGGAUUUGGCUUCAUUAAAUUUUGACAUUUUUUCUCUAUCCCCCUCCACAUACCAGGGAGGGUAACCCUUUCUCUACGCCCUAUUUGUAAACACCUUGAGAUAUGUUUUAGUGGAUGACUACCCCCCUUUUCCCUCCCUCCCACUUUCCCUGAAAUUUAUAUUGUGCCUCAUAUCUAUAUUGUGCUGAUUUUUCCUAGAAGUGUGUGUGUGUGUGUGCGCGCGUGUGUAAUUUGGGAGAAUGGCAACUGAUGCAUUAUACUGUUCAAAGCACAUUGAUUCACCCCAGUGGCUGCAUUUAAAAGUAUUCAUCUUGGUUCUUUAAUGUCGAGUUAUUUAUUAUUGUUAUUACUGUUUAAGAUACCUCACCACACAAUAACAUUGUCUCAGUGUUGCGUCAUUAAUAGACUGGUUUCUUUUUGUACCUCUGUAGUGUAUGAAUGAAAGUGUGUGUGUGUAUGUGUGUGUGGGUACUUGCAUUUUAUCAACAAAGAUGAUAUGCUAAUUGGGAUAGUGUUACUAUACUAAUCCAUUUUGUGUACAAAAUGCUGGCAUUGUACAUCAUUAGACAGAUACUAUGGCUUUGAUUUCGUGUAUAAUUUACUACUGGAGUACAUUAUGUAACCCUUGCUGUGUCAUGUAAUUUUUACAUUUCUUUCGUGCAAUUUGAAUGUUCUCUCGUUUCAUUUUCUCAUUGCUGUCGCAACACAAAUAUAUAUAUAUAUAGAUCUGCCUAAUUAGCAAUACUCAGACCUCCUCAGUCAUCGCUCUAGUCGUACAGUGUAUGUGGGUAUGCUCUUGCACGAAGAACGUAACAAAAAGAUGCUUUGCCCCCCCUGUGUAUCAUAUAAAAAGUGGCAAUAAAUGAUGUUGUGGCAGCUGGUAAACAAGAACCAAGUUCAAGUAGGUGCUUUGAAGUCAACAAGGUUUGGUUGUCAACUUCCUUGUGGGGAAGCACGUGCACAGUGUAGAAGAUUUAAGAGGUAUAGAUUUUUCAUACAUUCCUUAAUAUAUUAUAUGUACUGAAGCAUAUAUAAAUAUAUAUACAUACCAUACAUAUAUAUAUAGUCAUAACCAUAUAUUUUUUAGCAUGUUUUCAUCCAGUUGAAGUCAUUUAGAAUUUAAGUAAUGGUUUAAUAGUACUAUAAUGUGUUCAUUGUGCAGUAGGUUACUAUAUGGCAUAUAAAUGAAAGGUGUGGUCAUUCUUCAGGCACUUUGUUCAUUCUCGUCUGACGAAUUCUUGUUGCAAUUUUGUUUGACUCAAUUGCAAUUUUUGUAGGAAUGGUAAUGUUUAGGGGUUAGUGAGAGACAAGGUUUUCAAGAUAAGGAAACAUCUGAUGGAGAAGGACAGCCUUUUUGCUUUAGAAUUUGGUUUCCUUUAUGAUAGGGGUGUUACAUCAAAUAUGAUUUCACGUCAAGAUCUUCCGCAAGCAGCUGUCUUAAGCUGUGCCUUUUUAUAUAUAUAUACGCAUAUGUUAUUUCAAAUUAAUUUUCAUAAUUUCUUAAGACCGAGAAAGCUUCUCAUCUUUCCUCUUUUUCUCCUCUAUCUAAAACUUCAUCUGGAGAUGUUCUCAAAGUCAGUGUUUGUUCCCUUUGUACAUAAAUCAGAAUCUCGUGUACUGAUAUAUAUAUAUAUAUGUUAUUGGAUUAAAUUGUUUUGAAAUCCUGGACUCUUGGAAGUACAAAGGAUAGAAAAAUAUUUGGAAAUAAAAAUUGUUUUCUUUCACAGCACAUUGAUGUACUGUACUGAACCUUCCACAAAAGUAGAAUUGCUGUAUCCAAUAUAAAAACAAAAUUACAAUAUGAUUUCCUGACAAUCUCUUGACUUUAGUAUGAAAAGUACUCUUGAAACUAGUUGGAAAUAGAUUUUACAGAUUAAUGCAAAGUAAAGUAACAGUGGGUAACACCUCAACUCUGCUAUCAUGAGAUGACAAUGAAUUAUAAAUUUUGCACGGGUGUGGGGCUACUGAAGUACAAAGUAAUGCAUAGCCUAGAGGGUUUGGGCAAAUGACAGGUUUGUAAGGUGAGACAGAAAUGCGGCUUAGAAAUGUGUGUCAUUUUAGACGCGUCGUGUAGUCGGAGCUGUGGGAGUAUGUCUCAUGUCUGUGCCCACUGGAAAGGGGUAAUUAUCACAUUCCUAAAUACAUCAUUACUUUGUAUAUUCCACGUUUUUUUUUCUAAACAGUACCAGCAACAUGUUUUUCGAACAGCUGUAUUUCUUUGUUCUUUAUUCUCUGCAAUGUGGAUGUUUCAUCAACUAUUUCAACAUCUCUAAAAUUAAUAACGUUUUUUCAGCUGUCUCUAUACCACUGAAUUAAUAUUCUUUAACAUUGUUUUCUUACACAAAAAGUGUUUUGAGGAUAUUUUUUUUAGGUUACUCUUGAUGAAACAGGAUUCGUUUGCUCACUAUCUCUUAGAAAGGUCCCAUCUUCCCCACUUUCUCUUUCUCUCUCCCUCUCUCUCUCCCACUCUCUCUUUCAAAAACUGUCCACUUGUUUCCCUUCCCUCCCUCUGUCACAAGAACUGUCUAAUUUUUUAUUUGUGUGAGCAACUAUUCAAGAGUAGAUUUGCAAAAGCAAUGGCUUCACCAUUCUACAAUAUUCAAGAGCACAAAAAUGUACUGAAGGAGAGCACAGCAAACAACUAAUGUAUGUCAUAUAUUAUAAAAAUAAUUUCUAAUCAUUACAGGACCUUAACUAAAAAUGCAGAUCUUGGACAAUUUGCUAAUUGUGAUUUUUGCAAAUAUGAGAAGAGAUAAGCUAAUUUUAAGUGAUUUUAGACAGGUUUAGUCAAUAUUUUUUAAUUAGAUUAGAUGAGGUGUCAAUCAAGAGAGAGACACCAUUCAAGUUGAACUGUUUAAAGUACGGUAUUUCAAAUAGUACACAAAUUAGUGAAGUGUGAAACAAACUAAACGGUAAUUGCAAGUACUAUUCUUAAAAAUUACAAUUAACAUUUAGGAACAGAAUACAGUUAAAUAAGGUGUCACAGUAAAAAAAAAAAAACAUUAAAAGUGAAUUCAGAGACGGUAUUAACCAAAACCUCAUACAAAGUACGUAGCAUAAUUUUAAAUUUAAUCAAGUAAAAUAGAAAUAAAAUUGUUGGUACACAAAUCAUUUCUACAUUUAGCUCCUAAAAUAAGAGAGGAAAGUAUAUGCUGUUGUGGAAUUCUCACUUGGAAAAGUUUAUGUAACUUUUGUGAUUCUAUCAAGCAUAUCCUGUGAGUUGCUUUUAAGUAAGAGGAAAUAUAUUGCCCUAAAGAUAACACAUAACAGCAAGUCACUGCCUUUAUAACAUAUGCUCUAUAAUUAUAGUAGUAAGCUUAGACCACUGAUGCUUCCCACUUGUUCUGUAUAGUUAUGUUUUAGUCUGUUGCCAAAUUUUGAGGUUUAUUUUGCAUUUUUGGUCAUUUUAUAUUUAGUUUCUGAGGAGGAUUCCUAUGUUCCUUAGAAGAAAACUAUGAAUUCCACACAAUGUAAAUUUGAAGGGUUACGAUGUUUCAAAUUAUCAUAUUCUUUUGAAAAAGGAAUUUUGAGUCAAUAGCUCCUGUAGGUUUGUUCCAGAUAAAUAGAGGUUUAUUCUUCUGCAUAAUAAUGAUAGUAAAACCUUGCGUUUCAUAUCAACUGACAACUGUCCUGAUUAUUAUUAAUGGUGUACUAUCUGUUUAAGGUAGGAUAUACAAGUGUCUCCAAAUAUGUAUUGGGGAAAGCUGACCAAAAUCACUAUAAUGAACAUUCCAUAAACAUUCCUUCCUAAAAUCAAUAGAUGAAUGAUUGAGUUUAUAAACUGACGGGAACUUGACCCAUAAUCCUAAACUACCCUUUCAGGUGCUGUAUGCAUCUAUACCAAAAGCAAUUUAGUACAGUACAGGAUAUAUAUGUGCACACAAAACAUUAUAAACAACAAGCUGUAAGAUAUUCAUCUUCAGUAAGAACAAUCCGAUGAUGGAGGCAAAUUAAAACCACAAUACAUACAAUUAUCACAUUCCGCAGUGCUACAGAAAGAAUGACCGAAAGCUAAAAAUUGUACUAUAUUUGAACUAAGGGUUAUAACCUACGUACUUGGGGUGCAGAUACAUAACAAUUACCACACAAAACUUGUUCCCUUCAAAACCAAGUGUUAAUUCUCACUCACACACAUAUUCCUUUAAUGAAUGUUCAAAAUUUUUAUUUGAUGCAAUAACUGAAUUUGUAUGAGGCUGUGGUAUUCGGAAUAUUAUACAAGUAUAAUUUUUCUUCCAUUUUAAGAAUGAAAUCUCUGGAUCAGUUGUACGGCAGUUAAGGUUUUAAUCUUGGUGAUUUUGAAAGACAAACAAUCAUUACUAUGAAAUCUAAGGCAAAGUUUCCAAGAUAAAGAAAACAGUUUGCAUAAUGUAUUUGGCAAUUUGUGAAUUAAUAAAUCAAACUAGAAUACACGUUGAAUAUACAGUCGUACUGGUAUAUACUGUUCACUACUAUCCCUUUAUAUAUAUGUACUCAUUUUCAAACUUACUGUUUUGAGCAUGCCAGUAUGGGAGAAAGUAUUGCACUGCAAUAUGCUGAGAAUGAAUAUAUAAAUACUAAACUUUUAACUGUGUAUAGUUUUGUUUAAGGAGUAUGCUACAUGUUUUGAAGUACAUUUGCAUUUUUUAUGUGCCCAGAUCGAACAGACCUCUGCAAAGUUGAAAACAGUUUGAGGAUGUUUUCAUGAAACAAACCAUACCUCUAUAAAAAUGAUAUUUUAAUCAAUAGUACUGGUUAAGAAGCUGAUCCACAGAUUAUCUCUCAGACAUCGGAUAAAAUUGCAGAGUGACUGCCAAUGUCAGGUCUUUAACAAUACUAAAAUGUGGAGGUGAAUGUUAGUUUUUGCACCAUGAUUUGUAUGAUCUUGACAUGACUAGAAUACCCAUUAAGUUAGUAUAUCUUUGGACCUUAGAUACUUAAUCUUAUUAUGAACUCUUCUGUUACCUAGGUUCUUUGAAUGUAUAGUUAUUACAGGACGCAGAAGUUCGGAAUGUGAUGUGACAGAAGGGGAACUUUACAAUGGACAAGUCUAGUAGAACUGAUUUCUGUACUAAGGUGUUAAGUGUAAUGUUUUAAAAUUUAUCAUAAGUUUGCUUUAAAAGGCAUCCCAAUCUUCUAAGUCAUUUGAAAUAUUGUGUGUGAAGUGGAAUAUGUGCUAUGUCACUGGUACCAAUAACAUGCUUGACAACGUACGUACAACGUAAGGCAAGGCAAGGGACUGGUCAGGCUACGAAGGCAAAUUUGAACCGACGUAUAAAUUAUCAGAAUAAGACAAUGUUAACCCUGUCCUUGAAUGAAGUACAGUGCAAGUUGCAGGGCCAUACUUUUGUUCUGAUGAAUAUUUCUGGUGGCAAGUGUGUCUUCCCCAAUUAAAUCCAGACGUCACUAAUUGCUGCCUACAGCUUUUUCAUGUUAUGUUUGCCAAUGGCCUUGGAACUCUGACUUUCAGUUAAUCAUUAGCAAUCUCCCUUGUACAUGAAGGGGCUGAUACAGAAGCCAUGCUUAUUACAACUGAUAACUACCUGGAAGAAGAAUAAAAGUAUCAAAUAUAAGGAACCCAAGUUUAAUGGUGCAACAUUGUGGUUGUUCAUAUACGUAUUUAUUUUUUAAAUUUUGGCUGUACUGAGAACACUCAUGAACAAAUCUCUCUCAAAUUGUAAAUGGAAGUUAUAGUUAUAAUAGUUUUACAGGAAGUAAUUGUAGAAAUAUACUUAGAUGAAUGAUUAACAUGUUCUUAUAUGAAAGUUACAGUGUACUCGAGUGAUUGUUAGUGAUCAUAGCUUAUUUCUCAAAGGAGCUGUGAUCAGGAUAAAAGAUGUUAAAUGUAUCUCUGGACAUUAGAAAAGCCUUGACCUAAAAAGACAAAUGUACACUAGAGAUUACUGGCGAUUUAUCAGUUUAGUGUUCAACAAAUUGCUUAAAAACCAUUAAGGUUCUGAAGUAUAUUGGUAUCUAAGGGUUGAGAUGAUCUUUUGUCCAAAAACUCUCUUGUUGGCUAUUUCAAUUAAGCAGGAAAUCACUGUGACAUCUGAUAGUCAAAAUCCAAAUGAUAUAACUAUAUCUGCAGUGUACUAAACCAUUUCACUAGUACUCUGCCACCUUUGUGACAAAUCUUCCUCUUACACUGCAUUUCUGUAUUAAUACAGGCUUCAUUUUCUUCCAGUCUGAAAUCCUGAAUCUGUGUUCCUAGAUCUUGCCAAUGGUUUCCUCAACUGGAGAAUCAAGAAUUUUUUUGUUUUUAAUAAGUGCAAUUUUUAUACCCUGGUUUGUGUCAUUGCACUUGAGAUCUGUGGACAUAUUAUACCUAGUUUUCCCAGUAGUAGUGUUGAUAAUAUACGUAUUUAUGACCUGUUACUUGAAAAAGGAGUGUCGACAUUUAUGGAAUCCCUUGUGUAAUAAUUUUAACCUAAGUGAUGUUUGGUGGGUAAGCAACUGAACUGACAUUGUAUACCUAGUCAUUACCAACACCUAGAUUCUCUUUAUGACUGUUGAUAUAUUAGUACUGUACCUGUUUUUGUUAAUACAUAUACUGAUUACAAGUUCUUGUUAUGUAAUCUUGAUCAUUGUUUGUGGUACCUGAUGAGUACUGAUGAUAUUCGAGAGAGUAUCGUUGGUAUUCACCAAUUUGAUAAAACUGCUCUUAGGUGCACCUGAAAAAUAAAAGUAAUGAAAUAUUC